AUGCUGUCGACCGGUACUGCAGCCACGUUUUUACACCCUGUCGAGGCCAUGCACGGCGAUCUCGGCGCUGUCAACGAAAAGGACGUUGUGUUAGCUCUAUCGUAUUCUGGCAAUACCGAGGAAUUGAUGCGCAUUGUUCCCAGUUUGAACCAUCGUGGCGUGCCUAUCAUUGGUCUGGGUGGUAACGCCAAGUCGCAACUCGCCAAAAUCUCGGCAGCUUGGAUCGAUGGUUAUGUUCAUCGCGAAGCGUCGGAAAUACCAGCACCAACGAGCUCGACCACCCUCGCUUUGGCUUUGGGCGAUGCGAUCGCGUUGACUUUGGCCAAACAACGCAAGUUUACGACACAUGGGUUUGCGUUGAAUCAUCCCGGUGGAUCGUUGGGUCGUCGAUUGUUGCUCAAGGUCAAGGAAUGUAUGGUUCCCGCACAAAAGGUCGCGACUGUGCCAGCCAACGCAUCGUUGGACGUCGUGAUUAUGGAAAUGACCAGACAUCCCAAGGGAGGAGGUGUGGUCGUGUUGCGCAAUAUCCCAGGCUCUUUGGCUGGUAAUAACACUAUUAACGAAGAUAUCGAACAAGAACUAUCGCCACCGUCAUCGGUUGCUUCGGAUGAUGCCACAACGAUUGCCUCGACUAGCGAGGAAGACGAGGAAGGAAACAGUGCCAUCCCGCCAACAGAGACUGGCCAAGUGAUUGGUGUGAUUACCCACAGCAACAUCCAUCGGAUCCUCAAAACCGCAGCAAGAGAAUCUGUGUUUGACAUCCGUGCGUGCGACAUCAUGACGCCUGAGCCUGUUGUUUGCUCGGCAGAUGAGUUGGCUACGGAGGCAUUACGCAUCAUGGUCGACAAGAAACCGCAAGGAAAGGGGUUGCCAUUGCUGCCGGUCAUUGAUGGCAAAGAUAAACGCGGUGCUUAUAGAGGUGUUGUCACCCUCAAAGAUUUGCAAGAAUUGUUUUAA